AUGAACGGCGCUCAGUUUACAGAUCGGGCUAACAAAGCCUUGCUGGAUUCCAGCGCUUUGGCCGAGCAAUAUGCCCACUCACAAAUCCUCCCUAUUCACUUGGCAGUUGCCAUGCUUAACCCGAGUCCCGAUGAAUCCGAAGAUCAACAGACACCUGCAGGGCACUCAUCACACGAUGCUGCUUCCGCUCCUCUUUUCCGCCAAGUGGUGGAGCGUGCUCACGGUGACCCUCAGUUGCUGGAUCGCUCAUUAAUGAAAUUACUUGUCCGGCUUCCCAGCCAAGACCCUCCACCAGAGACCGUUAGUGUCUCCCCAGCCCUCGCGAAGGUUAUCCGAUCGGCUACCGAAUUAUCAAAAACACAAAAAGACAGCUUCGUGGCAAUCGAUCAUUUGAUCCAAGCCGCGGCCCAGGAUUCCCAGGUGCAACGUGCAUUGGCCGAUGCCAACAUCCCAAACCUAAAGCUCAUCGACACUGCAGUGCAACAGAUUCGUGGCACACGGCGUGUGGAUUCGAAGACCGCAGAUGCUGAGAGCGAAAAUGAAAAUCUCAAGAAGUUCACAAUUGAUAUGACUGCACUGGCACGGGAAGGUAAAAUCGACCCUGUCAUUGGACGUGAAGAAGAGAUCCGACGUGUCAUUCGUAUCUUGAGUCGACGCACCAAGAACAACCCCGUCCUCAUCGGUGAGCCUGGUGUCGGUAAGACCACGAUCGCCGAAGGUCUGGCUCGCCGAAUUGUAAAUGCAGAUGUCCCCGCCAACCUUGCACAAUGUCGCCUUCUCUCUCUCGACGUUGGCUCCCUGGUUGCUGGCAGCAAAUACCGUGGCGAGUUCGAAGAACGCAUGAAGGGCGUUCUGAAGGAAAUCGAAGACUCCAAGGACAUGAUUGUCUUGUUUGUCGACGAAAUUCAUCUCCUCAUGGGUGCUGGAUCGAGCGGUGAAGGUGGCAUGGAUGCCGCAAACCUUCUAAAGCCCAUGCUGGCUCGGGGUCAAUUGCAUUGUAUCGGUGCGACGACUCUGGGCGAAUACCGCAAGUACAUUGAGAAGGACCAGGCUUUCGAACGUCGUUUCCAGCAAGUCCUCGUCAAGGAACCCUCAGUAUCUGAGACCAUUUCCAUUCUUCGUGGACUGAAAGAGAAAUAUGAAGUCCACCACGGUGUCAACAUUCUCGAUGGAGCUAUCGUUUCCGCUGCGACCCUCGCAUCCCGCUACUUGACGGCUCGUCGCCUUCCUGAUUCCGCAGUCGACCUGAUUGACGAGGCUGCUGCUGCUGUACGGGUGACACGUGAAUCUGAGCCAGAGGCUCUUGAUACCCUGGAGCGCAAGGCUCGACAGCUCCAAAUCGAGAUUCAUGCUCUCGAGCCCAAGCAAGAAGCUGCCAAUGUGGCCGAAGAGUUGCGCCCCAUGCGCGAGAAAUACGAAAGUGAAAAGCAGCGCAGCCGCGAGGUACAGGACGCUAAGAUCAAGCUUGACACCUUGAAGGUCAAGCGAGACGAAGCCGAACGAAUGGGCGACACUGUCACUGCUGCCGACCUAGAAUACUACGCCAUCCCUGAGACCAAGAGUUUAAUUGAACGUCUCGAAGCUGAUCGAGCGAGGGCUGAUGCCGAACGCCGGGCUGCCUCUGGCGACAACGGUGAGGCCUUGCUUGCAGAUGCCGUUGGCCCUGAUCAGAUCAACGAGAUUGUUGCUCGUUGGACUGGUAUCCUGUGA